AUCAUCGACAGGCCGCUCGUUGACAUCAAUGGGCUCGAGCUGGAGUGCAACGACAAGGCCGAGUGGACCCGCCUCAGAAAGCAGCUCGCCAUCAGCAUCCAGAAUGAGGUGCUGAAGGCCUUGGGGCCAACUGGCGAGCAGAUCCUCGAGCUGCGAGAGGAGGCCUGGAAGCAGCACACUCGCCUCCGGGCCAG